AACUUCAUUUCAACGAUACUUAUUUGAAAUAUUUGAAUAUUUCAAUGACAUUAUUCGAAUAUUUGAAAUUGGAACUGCUUCUAACAAAUGUGUCGUGUUAAUAACUCAAGUGUGCGAACGAUACCCGAAAAACUCGAAAACUUUAAUCGAUUAUCGACAUCCUAAUAUCAAGGGAACCAACUUCAUAGAAGCUGCCUCGACACUCACUCGGGACAGAGAAUCCUGCAUACCCCCAGUAUCAAGUAGAAACUUGAACUAG